UAUUAGCGGGACAGUCAAUCUUCGUUACAUUUUCUCCUGGCCAGGAAUAUUAUUCGUUGUAACCAGUGAAUCCCUUCGAUCCUCAAAAAUCCAAAUAAAACAUCAAAUAAAUAUCAGAAAUGGCUGUUCACGUUCUGUCAAGCCACCUUAACCAAUAUUUCUCAGUUCGAUGAGGUAUCGAUGGAGUGAUUGGACCUGGGGAUUAAUACCUGGAUGACGUUUCAGUGGAGAUUAUUGUUGGCACGUGCCAUUCGAGAAAUGGUGUACACGAGGGACUCUAGGUCAUUGAGGUUAGGAUUUUCCACGAUGCUCCACAAAGGCCCCCGCCCUCUGGUGCUCUGUGGGCCCUCUGGAAGCGGAAAGAGCACCCUGAUUAAACGAAUGUUCGAGGAGUUCCCGGAGACCUUUGGAUUCUCCAUCUCUCACACCACCAGGCAGCCCAGGGCUGGAGAAGAGCACGGAAAGCACUACUAUUUCACGGCCAAAGAGAAAAUGCAGGACCAGAUAGACAGGGGAGAGUUCAUCGAAAAUGCAGAGUUCAGUAAUAACAUGUAUGGCACCAGUAAAAAGGCUGUCGAGGAUGUCAUUGCUGCUGGAAAAAUUUGUGUUCUGGAUAUCGAAAUUCAGGGGGUCAAGCAGAUCAAGAACACCUCGUUGAAUCCUCUCCUGGUGUUCAUCAAACCUCCGUCCAUGGAAGAACUCGAGAAACGUCUGUUGGCGAGAAAAACUGAGACAGACGAGUCCUUGAAACGAAGACUGGCUAUUGCCGGAGAAGAAAUCAAAUUUGGUGAAGAACCUGGCAAUUUUCAUCGCAUAAUCGUCAACGAUGACGUCGACAAGGCGUACGCCGAAUUGCGGGAGUUUAUCCUCGAGGAAGUGAAACGAUUUGGUAAGAAUGGAAGUUAGAACCACUGCAUGACGCUGGGAAUCAUUGAAGCAUUUAUUUCAAGCGUUUACAGAAAUUUUUAGUUGUAGACUUGAGUCCGGAGAAUCAUGAAACUAUUUAAAAGAGACAGCAGAAUUUUUGAGAUAAUUUAAUUUAAGGAUUAAACUUGUUCAGAUUAUUUUAUUUUCGUAUAAUUUUUGGUUUAGAUCUUGGGGGUGAGAAUUUCGCAUAUUGUAUGUAUUCUUAUUGUUCUUGAUUAAAUAUUCAUUUAUAUUGAAAAUUUUUACUCCAGUUUUUUUUUCUGGAUUCCGUGACGCAGGGUAGAGCAAUCUAAUUAAUUCAGUUCGUCGUGUUAGAGGGUAAAACUGAGAUUAUUCACCAAAUAAAGUUGUGUUCCAAUAGAUAUAGGUUCGAUGAUAAGUAAUUGCAUUAAGAGUAUUUAAAUCAUUGAAAACAUUUUUUUUUUUGGGGAAAUUCCGAACCCUGUCGAUUUUUAUUCUGUUUUUUUAUCCAUAAAAAAAUAGUUUGUCUAUCAAUUCAAAUUGGAUACGAUGCAGAUGAUUUUUUUUUACUUGAAAUUCGAUUUCUUUUUACUGAAAUGAGAAUACGAAAUUUUCAACUGAAACAAAUAAUAUUUAGAGUCCAAUGCCCCGAUUGAUUGCCUUUUGGAAUUAUUUCAACGAUUGAUGUAGUGUUAAUAGAUUAUUAAUUAGUGGAUUAAGGGAAGGCCUCGGUUUUCAACCCGAAAUCUCAAUUUCCCUAGGUAUUGAACACUGGGUGUAAAUAGAGCGCGUGAAUUAGUACCUUAAAUUAUAUGAAUUCAUAAUUAAAUUCAACGAGGCCUCCUGUAGAGAAAUUAAUAUAAAUUAUGUAUAGAGUGUAAAGUGUUUUAUUGUUAAUCUUGAAUUAAUGUAAGAAAAAUGUUCAACGAGUUGAAUGUAAUAAACAAUUAUUCGGAA